AAGGUGGCAAAGGGGCACGAUACUGAGAAAAAAAGCCAAAACUGAAAACAGCACCGCUAUUUUAUUCCCGCAGAGACUGAAACAUGAACGCAUCCACAGUCCGAGAGAGAAAAGGAUCAUCAAUGCAGAGGCGUAGGACGGUUCCAUUGAGCAUGCUUAGGAGGUUCCUCGCUGCUGUUAUAUUCUCAAUAGCUAUCACUUCUCUCUUCUUUGUUCAUGUCCAUGUCUCUCCAUCCCCCACUGAUCACAAGUUCAAUGACAAGAUCCCUUCGUUUCACGACCCGCAAAGCUGGACUCAAGAGCUCGCUCCGCCCCAUCUAUCCAUGGCUCCAAUCUCUGUUUCCAAGUUGAAUGAUUCAAGAUGGGAUUUGGACUACGACAAACUGUGGAAGCCUCCACCAAAUCAUGGGUUUAUACCCUGUACAAAUCCUACUCCUAAUUACACAACUCCUGCAAAGUCACGGGGUUACCUUUCGGUUCAUACAAAUGGUGGGCUAAACCAAAUGCGUGCUGGGAUAUGUGAUAUGGUAGCUAUAGCUCGUAUCAUAAAUGCCACUCUUGUAAUUCCAGAACUUGAUAAAAACUCAUUUUGGCAUGAUACUAGCAAUUUUUCUGACAUCUUUGAUGAAGAGUGGUUUAUUAGUUCUCUAGCUAAUGAUAUAAAAAUCAUUAAGAAGCUUCCCAAAAAACAUGUUAAUGCUACCAGAAUCGUCAUGCAAUUCAAAAGUUGGUCUGGUAUGGAUUACUAUGAGAAUGAGAUUGCUGCCUUGUGGGAUAAUUUCAAAGUAAUUCGAGCUUCCAAAUCUGAUUCUCGGUUAGCAAAUAACAAUCUACCUCCAGAUAUUCAGAAGCUUCGCUGCCGUGCUUGUUAUGAAGCUCUCCGUUUCUCUCCUCACAUUGAAAAAAUGGGAAAAAUAUUGGUGGAGAGGAUGAGGUCAUUUGGCCCUUAUAUUGCAUUACAUUUACGUUAUGAGAAGGAUAUGCUUGCUUUUAGUGGGUGCACACAUGAACUAUCUACAGCCGAGUCUGAAGAGCUACGGAUCAUCAGAGAGAAUACUACUUAUUGGAAAAGAAAGUAUAUUAAUCCCAUAGAAGAGAGAUCCAAAGGGUUUUGCCCUUUAACUCCGAAGGAAGUUGGAAUUUUUCUUAAUGCUCUUGGAUACCCAUCAAAGACUCCAAUAUAUAUUGCUGCUGGGGAGAUAUAUGGGGGUGAGUCCCAUAUGAAUGACCUGCGAUCCCGCUAUCCAUUGUUAUUGGGCAAGGAAAAGUUGGCAUCCAUUGAGGAGCUUGAACCCUUUUCUAAUCAUGCAUCUCAAAUGGCUGCUCUUGACUAUAUUGUAUCUGUUGAAAGUGAUGUAUUUGUACAUUCUUACCCUGGGAACAUGGCAAAGGCUGUUGAAGGUCAUCGUCGUUUUCUUGGGAGUGGAAGAACAAUAUCUCCAGAUAGGAAAGCCCUUGUUCGUCUGUUUGAUAAGCUGGCAAAUGGAUCAAUGACUGAAGGGAAAACACUGUCCAGUAAAAUUAAUGAUCUCCACAAAAGACGGCUUGGCUUCUUUAGGAAGAGAAAAGGACCCGUUUCUGGAACAAAGGGGUUGGACAGGUUUCGCUCAGAAGAAACAUUCUAUGCAAAUCCUUUACCUGAUUGUUUAUGUCUGACAGAAUCACUCUAUAAACACCUCUCACGUUAGAUAGACCAGAUAAAGCAAGGCUUUUUCCUUGAAUAGAUCAAUAUUGGUGAAAGGACACAUGCAUCCUCCUUUUACCAACGUUUUAACACAAGUUCAGCUGCAAGGUGUUAAAAAGGCCUGUUGGCAUAGUGUAUAUAUCGAUGACAAAAAAAUGAAGUACAGUAGAAAGGAAAAGGAGGGGUAGAGGAAAA